CAUUUAUUUUGCUUUGGAGCAAAAGUCUUUCAAUCUAAAAUCAUAUGGGUUUAAACUGAGUUUCUUUUUCUCAGCAAAGUAUAUCAACAUUAAAUACAUUUGAAAGUACAGCAUUAAAAUUAAUCAAAAAGCUUACUAAAAUUGAGCUAAUAUCGUGUUUUAUUGUAAUGUUUUUUUAUUGUAAUGUUGAAACAAUAUAGAUGCCACAACCUUCUUAUUAUUCUUAGUCAAUAAAUGUUUUUAAUUGAGAGAAAUGCCAACAUAAACCGAAGCAGUGCUCUAGACCAGAGAACAGGUACAGUAUGAUAAAAAUCCCUGCAUGGGUAUCUCUCACAUAGAAGGGUUGGUUUGAGAAAAAUAAACCUUUUGCAAAUUUAGUUUAGGUUACGGAAGUGUUUUGGAAAGCUAAUAAAAUCUAAUUCAAGACACAACGUCACUCUCAUUCAAAUUAUUGUACGACUUAUUUAGAGCACUACCAGAGUUGUAUAGAAUAACUGACCCAACUGUGGUCUCUUGCAAACAAACAAAGCAUGCUGCAAUUACCAAAAGAGUUUUAUGAACGUCUCGAGUGAAAACAUGUUUGCACUACGUAUAUUCUUGAUCAGCAAAGAAACCAGAAAAUAUCCACAGUCCUCGGCAAUAGUCAACAUCACUGUCACGCAGCGCAAACAAAUCUGACGCUGAGGCACGCUGUAGCGAUUCAGAGAGCAGUGUAGCAUCUCGGCUCCUUAGGUUUCUUUAUUCAUCUUUUUUUUCCAAAUGUUUUAAUGUUUCCGAAGCUCGUUUUCACACUGCUGGCUGCAGAAUUGUCAUUGGUACAGUAGGAAAUCAUCACAGUCGUGAAAAGGACUCUUGGAUCAAUGCUUUCGUGACAUAUAAUGGUAAACGUCAAAGGAGAUGACGGAAAACGGAGAGCUUUGCCCUCAUUUAGAUUCUAUAGGUGAGGUUACCAAGGAGGAAUUACUGCAGAAAUCCAAGGGAACAUGCCAGUCUUGUGGCGCAGGGGGACCUAAUCUCUGGGCAUGUCUACAGAAGGAUUGUCCAUAUGUGGGUUGUGGGGAGUCUUAUGCAGAUCACAGCACCUUACAUGCACAGGCUAAAACGCACAACCUGACGGUGAACCUAACCACAUUCCGGAUCUGGUGCUAUGUCUGUGAAAGGGAGGUGUUUCUGGAGCAGAGGCCAGUGACCCCUGUGCCCUCUAGCCACCAGUGCAAACACAGUGAGCAGGAAGCAGUUCCACAGACUGGCAGCCAUCCCUUGAAGGCAGUUCCAAUUGCAGUCGCAGACGAGGGGGAGUCGGAGUCAGAGGAAGAUGAGCUCAAACCACGAGGUCUCACUGGGAUGAAGAAUAUAGGGAACUCGUGUUACAUGAAUGCAGCCCUCCAAGCACUGUCUAACUGCCCCCCUCUAACACAGUUUUUUCUGGAAUGUGGAGGUCUGGUCAGGACUGAUAAGAAGCCUGCACUUUGUAAAAGCUACCAGAAACUCAUUUCUGAACUCUGGCACAAGAAACGCCCCAGCUAUGUUGUUCCGACAAGUCUUUCACACGGAAUCAAGCUGGUUAAUCCGAUGUUCCGGGGCUACGCACAGCAGGACACCCAGGAGUUCCUGCGCUGCCUCAUGGACCAGCUGCACGAGGAGCUGAAGGAGCCCCUGGUGGAGUGUGGGGAGCCGGAGGGCGAGGCGCGGAGAGAGGGGGACCGCAGCCCCUCGGAGGACGAGUUCCUGUCCUGCGACUCGGGCUCCAGCAGCGACCGGGGGGAGGGGCCGGAGGGCCGCGGGGCCGGGGAGGCCGAGCUGCUCAUCACGGACGAGUGCGGCGGCGGGGGGCGGGGGGGGAUCUCCGAGAAGGAGCGGCUCAAGGAGCGACGCUUCUCGGGGUCGCCCCACCGCACGGGCUCCCAGGAGAUGGACGAAGACGCCGACGUGGACACCGCCGCCGAAGAAGGAAGAGGAGCCAGCCGGGCUGGGGACGAGGAGGUGACGGCCUCCAACAACCAGUGCAGCCAGAGCCUGAGCCGCACACCAGGGGUGUUCACCUCCUGUCCUGAGGAGAAGAUGGGGAGAGGUGUUAAUUUGGCCCAGUUAAGGCAUCCCAUUCACGGCCUGCAGGAUUCGCACCCCAAACUGUCCAGCAGCCCUCUGCGCUCUGGAGCCACCUACUCGCUGAAGAAAGCUCAACUCCUGCUUGGUUCCAAGAAGAAGAAGCAGUUUCGCUACCGAAGUGUCAUUUCUGACAUUUUUGAUGGCUCCAUCCUCAGCCUGGUCCAGUGUCUCACCUGUGACAGGGUGUCGACGACAGUGGAAACCUUUCAGGACUUGUCCCUGCCAAUCCCGGGGAAAGAGGAUCUUGCUAAACUCCACUCCUCGAUUCACCAGAACCUUCCGGUCAAAGCUGGGACCUGCAGCGAUACCUACUCUUCACAAGGCUGGAUCUCUUUCAUCAUGGACUACAUUCGCAGGUUUGUAGUGUCCUGUAUCCCUAACUGGUUUUGGGGUCCUGUUGUCACACUAGAGGACUGUCUGGCUGCCUUCUUUGCUGCUGAUGAACUGAAAGGUGAUAAUAUGUACAGCUGCGAAAGAUGUAAAAAAUUACGAAAUGGUGUUAAAUAUUGUAAGGUUCUUCGUCUACCGGAAAUUUUGUGUAUACACCUGAAACGCUUUCGGCACGAAGUCAUGUACUCUUUCAAGAUCAACAGCCAUGUGUCCUUCCCAUUGGAGGGCCUUGACCUUCGACCUUUCCUGGCCAAGGAAAGCCCUUCUCAGAUCACGACCUAUGACCUCCUCUCGGUGAUCUGUCACCAUGGUACUGCAGGAAGUGGUCACUACAUUGCCUAUUGCCAGAAUGUAAUAAAUGGUCAGUGGUACGAGUUUGAUGACCAGUACGUCACGGAGGUCCAUGAGACGGUGGUGCAGAACGCUGAGGCCUAUGUGCUCUUCUACAGGAAGAGCAGCGAGGAGUCAGUGAGGGAGAGACAGAAGGUGGUGGCUCUGGCCAACAUGAAGGAGCACAGUCUGCUACAGUUCUAUAUCUCGAGAGAGUGGCUGAACAAAUUCAACACCUUCACCGAGCCUGGCCCCAUCACCAACCACACUUUUCUGUGUCAGCACGGAGGUAUCCCACCCAACAAAUAUCACUAUAUUGACGACUUGGUUGUGAUUCUGCCUCAGAACGUGUGGGAGUAUCUCUACAACAGGUUUGGAGGUGGCCCUGCUGUGAACCAUCUGUAUGUGUGCUCCAUAUGUCAGGUGGAGAUUGAAGCUCUGGCCAAGCGCAGGAAGGUGGAGAUUGAUACCUUCAUCAAGCUCAACAAAGCAUUCCAGGCAGAGGAAGCCCCCACUGUCAUCUACUGUAUCAGUAUGCAGUGGUUCAGGGAGUGGGAGAGCUUUGUCAAGGGAAAGGACAAUGAGCCACCUGGUCCCAUUGACAACAGCAAAAUUGGCGUGAUGAAAGGGGGGCACAUACAGCUUAAACAAGGAGCCGACUAUGGACAGAUUUCGGAGGAGACAUGGCAUUAUCUCUUCAAUAUCUACGGUGGAGGGCCGGAGAUCGCGGUGCGUCAGACUGUGGCCCAGAGCGACACCGAGAGCCUUCAUGGGGAGCGCAAGAUUGAGGCCGAGACCCGGGCCAUCUGAAGAUGAAGAAGUGUCAAACCCGAGCCACAGGAUAAUGGUCAUGCUGUAUGCUAACUGGACCUAGUGGCACAGGCUUUGCUCCCUGACAAACACAUCGUGAGCACUUUUGUGAUGUACCGGUGUGUCAUCCUAUCACGUGUAAAGAAGAAAUAAUUAUAAGUAUAGUAGGAUUGUAGCACAGUAGAGAUAUUAUUUAUUGAAGACCAUUUAGUGAAGCCCUCCUGGCUUUUGGAGUGGCGACAGAUGACUUCUAUAGUAAUAUCAGGUUAUCCUGUAAUAAUGUAAUACUAGUAAAUCACAGAGUUUCAGUCUAAUGAAGCCUUUUAGCUUCAAUGUCAAAUGGCCAGUGAGAACCACUUUACAUUAGCUGCAGCUUGGAUACAAAGUUGCUUCUGUAUAAACUAUUUAAUUAGCAAGCAUGGCACCAAGCUUAAACACUGGAUGUUGGUCUUAACAUGGUCGUCUGAUGAGUAUCGGAACUGAAAAAGUUUCUAAUUUAUGGAAAUGCACAUUGUAUAUAUUUCUAGGCCCCGGACUGUUGCUUUCUCAGCUUUGUGAUGCUUCAUUAUUGCUUGCAGUCCUGCGCUAAUUGAUAGGUGAACAGGGUAGUGCUCUCUAGUCCAGGAAUGUAGAGAACUGAGGACUUAGUAAAAAAAAAAUUAAGAGAAGAGAGAUGUGAAUUGUCUUGACAGGUCUUCAACAGAUCACGUACUGUACUCUAAGCUUUCUCUCUUAUCAGUCUUAGAAAGUCUAAUUCUGGAUGCUCCCAUUUAUCAGACUUUAGAGCCUGUAUGAAUCAGCCAACCAAAGAGAACAGAGAGAACAGUUUAACAAAUGUGUGGGAGAGAACCACUCAAUAGUGCUUAAUUUCAACACCGGAACAAAGACUUCGAUAUGUUUCUGCCUUACAAGGACAUAUAUUAGUUGUUUCUAGUUAAAGAUCAGAAGAUGUCCCUGAGAGAUUCAUUUCAGCUGUGAUUUUGUAACAUUAUCUUCAUUUGUUUCAAGUAUGAACUCUUAGAGUAACAGACGUCUCGCUGGUUAUUGAAACAGUACAAUUUCAGCUUAUGACUGCACUUAAGCUUUGCGUAAUUGUGCAAAAUAUGAAUGUUACUGCCUCUAAAGGAUCAAAAAUAAUUUACACAUGAGUAGAUCUGUUGUUCAUGCUGUAAGGGUUGCAGUAUGGGAAGCAAAAUGUCUGUAGUUUUGUGCUGGUGUCCCAUAUUCCUUGUCUAAUGUCACAAAGCUUCUGUGUCUGAGUGAGGAAGAAUGAUUCUGUGGCAAACUGAAGAGGGAUCCCUACUUUACAAUCUCUCCAGACAUAACGACACGCAUCAGCAAGGUGACUGGGAUAUAACCGGCUUUUCUUAGUGUACUGAAUAAACAACCUUGACCAAGACAAUACUGUUUGGAAUUAUUUUACGGUUCAUACUAAAAAGCCUUCAUGAGAUUGCAGAGGAGAGAAGGGUCCUGCAGUCAGCAUCAGUCUUUUUGUUUUAACAUAAUUCUCCUUCACUUGUUUUUUUUCUCAAAAGUCUUGCAUCGGAAAUAAAACAGAGUCAUUGGCAAAAUAAAAUCAUCUGUGUGAGAACAACACAAAGUAAACAGAUCAUAAUUUAUUAAGAUGCUGUACAUUCAACAUUAGAUCAUGCAAUAUCCCUCAUGCAAACACUUGUUUCAAUAGUAAGUCUGCAAUCUGUAUUAAUACCCCCAUUACUAAUUCACCCAGUAGGGACUUUAGAGGAUAAAGUCAGGACUUUUUUACUGGACAGAAUCUGGAACCACCUGUCAAUGGUUCAGUGAUCACUACCCUGUCAAUAAGGUAAAGCUCUUAUGAUAUUAAACUUGAGGAGGUCCUUCAUAGAGUGCGUGUCUUGUAAAUGUACAUUGUCAUAGUAAGCUCUUAAUCCCCAACUGUGUACAAAGAGCACCCCAAGAACAUAUCCAGAUCUACACAUACUGUAAAACGCUUACAUUAGAAUUGACUUGUGGGAACGUCGUAAAAAUAUCUUAUGAUUUUUGAUGAUUGGUGUAACAGAAGACUUACUAAAUGUCAUUUGUUGUGCAUAAAAGGGAAAUUUGAACCUA